GAGCGACAGCAGACUGCGUGGAGUGAGAGCCGGAGCGUCUGCAGCCACAACCAUGAAUCCAGUCAUCACCUUCUUCCUCACCUGCCUGCUGCUCCUCUGUGCUCAAGGGCUGCCACUCAGCAGAUCUCACAAAUGCAAUUGUUCCAGCGGCUACGUGAAGAAGAUCAACCCAAAGCUCAUCCAGGGAGAACCGCAGAUCCUCCAUCCCAGCGUCUUCUGUCCACGGACCGAGAUCAUUGUCACAAUCAGAGGAAACCAGGAGAAAUGUCUGGAUCCAGAGUCGCUAUUGGGAAAACAGAUUCUGAACAGAUACAUGAAGAGGAGAGCUGGGAGCAGCACCACCACCACCAGCACCACCACCACCACCACCACCACCACACCUCAUCCCACCACUGGACACCACACCACUGCCCCCAACUCAACGUCCAUCACAACAGUGCUGUAGCCAGCUGUAAGAUCCUCUCCACUCCACAUGAUUCUGCACAGGAUGUGCAUGAAGAGCAGCAGCUGGGGAUGUUUCAGACGGCUACAGCUUCUGUCUUCUCCAGAGGGCACCUGGGAGCACCACCACCUCCACCACCCCUUCUAGCACACACUACCUCCACAAACUCCACCACGUCCACGUGGAACACGCUGUGGUCCACAGUCCACUCCGCCAAUGUUUCCAUGGCUAAACUAAACUGGCCAGAGGCGUUUCAAACGCAUAAACUGAACUGCUGCAGUAAGAAAACAUCAAGGUCAACAGGAGUUGAAACGUUUGUUUGCUGCAAAUAUCAUUACCUAUGUGCACUAAAUAUCAUGUAAAUAAUGUACAGUUUUUAUGAACACUUAAAAUAAAAAAUAAAGCUCUUAUUGUGAGAACAUUACGUUUCAUGUGGGGACAACGUUCUGUGGUAAAGUCACGUGGCUCCGAGUUCAACGUGUGGGAGAAAUUUCAGAGUGAGCAAAUGCUGGAUAAUAUAUGAUAAUAUAUAUAUGGCUGUUAUUUUAUGGCAGGCGUGACAGGUGGGGCUGUUUCUAAGACUCUUUAACGUGGGUAAAUGUAAAUGUAUAAAUGUAUAUACACAUUUUGAUGCUAAUAAAACUCCA